AUGGCAGCCCCCUCAACUACGCGCUUGGGACCUGAGACAGACCGUCGCACUUCCCUCGGUUUCCUUCGUCGUUCUAAAUCCACCGAGCCUCUGAGCGAGCGCAAUCCCUCUGGAAGUCGCAAGCCAUGGAAGACGAAAUGCGUCGUCAGCUGCCUCCCCGCUUGCCUGAUCUCUCCCCCCACCCCUCAACUGGAAACCUUUGGAGGCGAGGAACGUGGCAAGGUUGCUCCAACGCCUCGCCCACAGUCUGGUGUUGCUGCCUCGCCCACAAUGGCUGCCUCACCUGUGAUUGAUCCCUAUGCGCGCACUGAGAGCAUGACCCAUCGCGGCCGUUAUAGCUACGCCAGUAGUGCCGUCAGCACCGUGAACAGCCCCCGCCGUGUCCGCCGUCGCAAGGACCCCACCUCGUACAAUGUGCUUGUCAUUGGUGCACGCAACUCGGGCAAAACUUCGUUCAUCAACUUCCUCCGCAGUGCUCUAGCAAUGCCGUCUCAUAAGCAUCCCUCGCGCACCCCUGAGGAGGUCGAGGAGCUUCAACGUCAAACAUCAGCUUGGGAAGGAUUCACGUCGCAAUACCUGGAAACGGAGUUCGAUGGAGAACGUGUCGGACUUACACUAUGGGACUCAGUGGGUCUUGAGCGGAACAUUGCCGAUCUGCAGAUGCGUGGCGUAACAGGCUUCCUGGAGAGCAAGUUCGAGGAGACUUUGGCCGAGGAGAUGAAAGUCAUUCGUUCCCCCGGCACCCGCGAUACCCAUAUUCACUGCACUUUCCUGCUUCUGGACCCUGUGCGCCUUGACGAGAAUAUUGCCAUGGCCGAACGGGCUGCCAAUGGCACACCUAAGGCUAGUGAUGCGCCUGUGGUUGGUGUUCUAGAUCAGAGUCUCGAUCUGCAAGUGUUACGCACCGUGUUGGGCAAGACCACUGUUGUCCCCGUCAUCAGCAAAGCGGACACAAUCACCUCUGCUCACAUGACCUAUCUUCGCAAGGCUGUGUGGAACAGCUUAAAGCAGGCCAAUAUCGACCCCCUCGAGAUCUUGACAUUGGAGGACCAGGAGGAAUACAGCUCGGAAAGUGACGAAGAGGAGCCCUUGGAGCUCGAGAAUAAGCCCGAAUCUGGGCCUGCAGACGCCGAGACUGGAACUCAACAGGUCCCUGGCUCGCCGUCCCAGCUCAGCCAGGCAACUCGUAGGUCUAGCGCCUCGCAGGCCGCUAACCAACACGUUCCGUUCUCUAUCCUAUCCCCGGAUCCUCACUCGCUGGCCGCUGGUGACCAACCAGUGGGACGCCGAUUCCCCUGGGGGUUUGCAGACCCAUAUGAUCCCGAGCACUGUGACUUUGUACGCCUGAAGGACUCUGUCUUCUCCGACUGGCGCUCCGAGCUGCGGGAGGCCAGCCGCGUGAUCUGGUACGAACGCUGGCGAACCGAUCGCCUCAACCGCAAUGGGCAGCCGGCUCCAGCCCAGAAGCAAGUCUAUGGUGGUCGCAUGGGACCUCGUGAUGGCCAUCGUACACGAUAA